AUGGAACGUUGGCUUAAAGGCGUUAAACGUGUUGCAACAACAUCUUCUAACGAAGCCGAAUGUUCAAAAGCAGUACGCGCGGAGUGUACAGCAAUUAUCGAUGAUAAUGAUGCAACGACGUCAAGUUCCACGGUUUCAAAGGCGAAAAAAAGGAAGAAUGAUGAAUCAUAUAUCAGUUUCGGAUUUGUUGAUUCCAACGGCUCACCUCUUUGCAUGUUAUGUAGUAAACUGCUUCCUAAUAGUUCCAUGGCACCUGCCAAGUUGCGCCGACAUUUAGAAACUGUACACCCUGAGUCUAAAGACAAGAAUAGAGAAUUUUUUGUACGUAAAAAAGAACAGUUAUUGGAAAGUCAAAAAACUAUGAUGCAAGUAACCCAAACUAUCAAUGAAAAGGUCACAAAGGCAUCAUAUUUAGUUAGCUAUCGCAUUGCACAAGAAGGUGAAGCGCACACUAUCGCUGAGAUUUUAAUAAAACCAUGUGUGUUAGACAUAACAAAAUGUAUGCUCGAUGAAAAAUCUGCAAAGCAUCUUUCUACUGUGCCACUAUCAAACGAUACUGUUUCACGUCGAAUUCAUGAUCUGGCAAGCUACGUCAAACAAGAGCUAGUUACACGUCUACAAAAAACACGAUUCGUCUUGCAAAUGGAUGAGUCUACUGAUGUCGCUGGUCUGGCUAUCUUGCUGGUUAUCAUGAGAUAUCCAUAUGAAAGUUCUUUUUAUUUAAGAGGAUAUGUUUAUGUGUUCACCGUUGCCCACAAACACUACCGUAGAAGAAAUUUUUACUAA